CCUGUUCUAGUCGUCUCCCACCAACUCAGAGGAGGACCAAUGAUAUUGAGCCUCCUCGGCGGUCGACGUAGUCGGCGGCCGCGUCCUAUCCGUCGCCAAUUUUCUGCUCUUGCAGCCUCGCACGGCGAAGGUAGUGCAUUGCUUCGCCGAGAGCCAGCUGCACUCCUACGCCUCGCGGCGCAUAGAGAUAGAUAAAAGCAGCUAAUCCUGAGAGUUUCAUGGAGUACAUCGCGUCCUGCGUCACAGGCAAGGGCGCGAAGACCCGGACCUCGCGCGACGUCGCGCCGAACUUCUACAUGGCGGACGGCAGCGUGGGCCCCGACCACCUCGUGCACAAGGACGGCGUCCUGCUCCUCGGCGUGGGCAACCCGCUGCUGGACAUCUCGUGCAAGGUGCCCAUGGACGUGCUGGAGAAGUACGGCGUGAAGAGCGGCGACAUCAUCCUCGCCGAGGACCGGCACGCCACGCUCUACGACGAGCUCGUCGCGCAGUACGCGCCCGAGUACAUCGCGGGCGGCGCGACGCAGAACUCGAUCCGCGUCUGCGCCUGGAUGCUCAAGGCCGCGGGCCGCGCCGGCGGCGCGUGCGCCUUCGCGGGCUGCGUCGGCGACGACGCGAACGGCGCGAAGCUCGCGGAGUGCGCGCGCGCGGGCGGCGUCGAGGUCGCGUACCAGGUCGACGCCGAGGCGCCGACGGGCGUCUGCGGCGUGCUCGUCGACCCGACGAACGAGCGCACGCUCGUGACGCGCCUCGACGCGGCGAACAACUUCACGAAGGACCACCUCGAGACCGCGGCCGUCCAGAAGCUGCUCGUCGCCUCCAAGGUCGUCUACAGCGCGGGCUUCUUCCUCACGUCGGGCGGCCCCGACUGCACCGCGCUGCUCGGCCAGCACUGCGCCGACUUCGGCAAGCGCUUCUGCCUCAACAUCUCGGCGCCGUUCAUCGCGCAGUUCUUCGGCGAGGCCCUGGACGCGACGAUGCCCUUCGUCGACAUCCUCUUCGCGAACGAGACCGAGGCCGCGGCGCUCGGCGAGGCCCGGGGCUGGGGCUCGGACGUCGCGACGGUCGCGCUCAAGUGCUGCGACCUGCCCAAGGCCUCGGGCCGCCGCGCGCGCUGCGUCGUCUUCACGCAGGGCGCCGACUCCACGAUCGUCGCCUGCGAGGGCGCGGUCACGACGUACCCCGUGACGCCCCUCGCCAAGGAGCUCCUCGUCGACACGAACGGCGCGGGCGACGCCUUCGUCGGCGGCUUCCUGUCGCGCCUCGUCCUGGGCGAGGGCUGGGACGCCUGCGUCAAGGCGGGCCACUACGCCGCGCGCGAGAUCAUCCAGCGCCCCGGCUGCACCGUCCCGGACACCUGCGGCUACGGCUCCUUCUUCUAGGCGCCCCGCCCCCGUCGUCUUCCGGCGCGUAACGACGUACGACUAGGAGCCGUCCUUCGCGAAGGAUGGCGCCGGCCGGGGGUCGCCGCUUGGCAUCUAGACCAUAUAUAACGGCGUGGACGACCAGGGCGGCCGCGGCUUUCUGAUGAGUACGCGGG